GAACACCAUAAGCGCCAGAUUCAUAUAAAUGGCAACUCUCCCCAAAUUCGGCUCACCUUUUAGUUUCUUCUUACUUCUUUAAUUGUGGAGCGUUAAUGGCUGUCACGUACAUGUGAUUUGUGAGUUUAUCUGGAAAAACUUGAACCAUUCAUGGAGCCUCCUGUAGCAGCAGAGGUAGAAACCAAAUCUCAGGAAACUGAUGAAACAAAAGUCAGUCCUAAAAGCUAUGAAUGUGGACUCUGUGACACUGAAGUUGUCUACAAGAUAGCCCAAGAACUCCUCCCAGGAUUAGCCUCAGCCUGUGUUGACAACACAACCGGUGGCAUUUUCAAGAGUGCUGGUUCAAUAGCUGCUGAUAUGAGAAAAGAGAUGGCUGAUUAUCUAACACAAAGAAGCGAGAGUUAUGUAGCUGAAUUCUUACUGAAUGAAAAUGCCUCCGGCAUAGAAAUAUCUGAACACCCUUACGAUAUAAUCAUUAGCCUCAUUGAUGAUUUUGCUGCUUCUAAAAGAAAUAUGUUUAGCCGGGUUUCUGAGUGGGUUUUAAGCGAUCGAAGAGAAGACAGGAUUGAUGAUUUUGUACAGGAAAUGGAAAUUAACGGUUUCUGGUUACUUCCUCGAAGAGAAUGUGUUUCAUCAAUGUUGCUUAAGAAUGUUGAUUACAAGAAUGCAUUUCAUUGUAAUAUGGUGUGUAGCUCUGAGGAAGAAGUUGCUGCGCAUAGAUCCGAAUGCAAGUUUAGACCUUUGGAUUGCAUGAAUGAGGGAUGUACAACUAGGUAUUGUGCUGCUCAGAAGGAGCAUCAUGAAGCGGUUUGUCCGUUCAUGAUACUUCCAUGUGAACAGAAAUGCUCAGAUUUUGUUAUGAGGCGCGAGAUGGACAGGCAUUGUGUAACUAUUUGUCCAAUGAAGCUUGUAAAUUGUGCAUUUUAUACGGUCGGCUGCCAGUCUAGUAUACCGCGGUGCAAUGUCCAACAACACAAUGCCGACGAUCUCUCUUCCCACUUGCGGUAUAUUAUUCGAGCCGCACAUAAAGAAGCAACUGAUGAAGAUCUCAAACAUAGAGUGGAACAAAUCCUAAAUCUAUCGAAUACCGAAAAGUUGGCAAGAGCACGGGAUGCAAGAGCUUUGACAUAUUUGAUCAAGGAUGCUGAAGCGAAGCUUGGGCCAUUAGAAGUCGAAGGCAAGCCAGAUUCUAAAGAGAAGAAUACAAGUAAAGAAGAUAGCAAUAAAACGGAAUCACCCACAAAAACUGAGCCAUCAGUCAAAGAUGGGUCUGAAUUAGAGCCACCACCCAACAAAAACGAAAUGACUGAAAAAGUUGUGGAAUCACCAGCAAAAAUGGUGGAAAGCAAGGAGUCAUAUUCUUCUGCAGGGGAAGAAGAUGAAAAGAAGAAAGGAUCCAGAGAAGAAGAGAGUAAAGAAAUAGCAGCCAAAGAAGAAGAUCCUAUAAAACAGGAACCAUCUCACAGCGACCAAGAAUUAGAGACAACAAAAACACCACCCAAAAAAGAAGAAGAAAGAAGCAGCAACAAACAAUCAUUCAGCAGUGAUGAGCAAGAGUCCAAGAAACCACCGAAAGAAGACGAAAGCAGCAACAAACAAUCAUUCAGCAGUGGUGCACAAGACACGAAGAAAUUACCCAAAAACGAAACAUCAUCCAGAGGAGGUGAAAAAGAAGAAGAGGCGAAGAGAAAAGAAAAAGUCAAAAAGUCAUCAGCACAGAGAGAGAAAACAACCGGAAGUGAUGAAGAAGAAUCCAUGAAAUCACCAUUGCCAUCGGAUGCGGAGAGCUGGCAUUCAGACGGGUGAUUCAGUCAAGCAAAUAAUAGAUACAGAAACAAAAUAUACAAAAAAGAAGAAGAAAUGUUUUAGGCAUUGAUGGUGUAUCAAAUUUAUGACUUCAAUUAUUUAUUGAGUUGUUGGUACGAUGUUUUCAACAAGUUU